UAGAGUCACCAUAUUGUGGGAAUAUUUUUUCGGUAAUAUUGUUUACAGAAAAAAUAUAAAUGGCUUCAAAGUCCUGAUCUAUUAGGGGUGUUAAAGUACUGUCCAUAUUCAUCAUAUUUUAGAUCUUGACCAUUGCCAUUUAAAUGCCUGAUCUGAUAAGACAGGAUGUCCUCCCCUGAUGUACUUAGAAGUCAGAUUCACAGACAGACAGACAAUCCUGGGCUCCAGAUACACUCACUCUCGGAGAGCGAUGGAGGCAGGCUUCACAGUCAACAAAUAAACACACAGAAUGAUAACGCCAACAGAAUUCAUAAUCAGGGAGUGAAUGAAGAUGAAGCCUCACCAAACAAGCAAAGACGUCUCUCAACUGACAGAUACGGGCUUCCUAUUUGUAAAGAGUGUGACAAAAUGUUCAAGAACAGCUCCCAGCUUGGACAACAUAUGCUGGUACAUAGCAAUAUUCGGAAACACAAAUGUACCUACUGUGACAAGACCUUCAAGCAGCUAAGCCAUCUUCAGCAGCAUGUUAGGAUGCAUACAGGGGAGAAGCCCUAUGCCUGUAAGCUGGAAGGCUGUGAGAAAGCAUUUGCACAAAUGGCCAAUCUACAGCAUCAUAUGAGAAUGCACAGCAAAGACGGAACAAAGCCACAUGAUCCGAGUGAGAAGCCAUUUAAAUGUGAUGAAUGCUUCCAGGAGUUUCACACACAAAGGGGAGUGAACUGCCAUAAACAAAAGGCUCAUACAGUGUAUGUUUUUGGCUCUACAAAAGCUAAGAAAGGGCAAAAAAAACAGGCCCCAGAAAACCAACAUAAUUUAGUGACAUCCAGCACCCCCCAGCAAGAGUACCCUGAGGACUACACCAACCCUGGAGCCAGAAAAGAUCCCCAUAUCAUGAUGUCCAUGUACAAGGGCAUUAACUCUCCCGCUAGAGAACAAGAGCCUAGACAGGAUUUGCCUCCCCUUUCAUUGAUCAUGAAGACAGAACCACAGCACAAGGUCAUUUCUCACAAUAUCGUCACAUCAGCCAAUGUGGAACUGCCAAACAUCCCAGCUAGUGAUGUGUAUUCAGCUUUUCACCAGUAAAGACUAUUCUUGUACAAUCUUUCAUUUUCCCCCUCCCCUCCCCUUUUAUAUUUUUCACAGUGACAGCACUAUAACUGAUCAUUAUGCAUUGUCAUGGAUCUGAUUUAUGAAGUAUUAACCAUGUUUGAAUAUGCUGUUUCAGACUUGAAAGUUGUAUAUUAUUUUACAAAUAUAUGUUCAAGUAGUGCAUAUUGUCCUGUUUUGUUUUUGUUUGUAAAAUGUAAAAAGAACAAAAGUCAAAACUGAACAACCAAUCAUAUUUUUGAUCAUAGUCAUUUUGAAUUCAUUUUAAAAUGUUGCUUAAAUGUAUGAUUUUGUUUUAUAAAGGUUGUAAAGAGCUUAAAUGUCUACGCAUUUUGCUUGGUGAAUAUUACCAAAUUUUGUUUAUCAGUCUUUGGACAACUAGACCUGGAGUUCAAAGUUUAUAUCCUUCUGAAUUAAAAUUGAGAAACCUAGGUUGAUUUUUAUUUUAAUGAAAUUUUAAAAUGAUAUAACUUUUGGUUGAGUUUGAAGAAAGGUUCACAAUUUUUUUUUUAUGCAUUAAUUUUGCUUUCUAUAAGAUUAUUUUGUACUUAAGUUUGAAUUCUCUAUUAAAGCUCUGAAAGGUACCUAUAAAUAUAUUUUUAAAAUUAAAGUGAAAUAAGACGAGACUUUAUACCAUUUCCCCCCAUUUUGCUCUUUCUUUUUUGGGGGUUAAUUUAUGAUAAAAUGCAAUGAAGAAAAAUCAUUUUAAUUUAAAAAAGAUAAACCUAACUAUAAUGUUCCUUGUUGUCUUUUGAGGUUCAGGUUUGUGUUAAGCCUUGUGAGAGAUUGACCCCCCAAAAAUUCAUAUAAAGAUGCACUUGUAAAGUGAUUAAAUAAAGUACAUUUAAAAAUUGUCUACAUAUAAAUGUAUGCUUUUUAUCACUGCUGUGUACAAGUACCCACGAAUCUUCUGUAGUAAACAUAUUAAUUCAAAUGACAAUUCUUUUUAUAUACACUGAAUAGUAAGUAGUUUUAAUAUUUCAUGUUUGCUGAUGUAUUUUGUGUAGUGUACAUAAAAUAUCUGAGCUUUUUAUGAAACGUAGAGUUAUAUUUCACAGAGAAGCAGAAUUUAUAAACUCUGUGUUUUGUUCAAUUGAUCUGAAGGAACUAGCUUAAAGCUUUGUCAUAAUCUGUUUGAAUUUUUUUUUUCUCAUUUUUUUGUAUGUUAAGGUCCUUGGGGGUGCUGAAAUGUCAGAAUAUUUUAUAAAUAAUAUUAAAGCAUUUCUAGUUUUGUAGAUGUACAUGUAUAUAUAUAUACUGUGUGUUGCUUACCAUUGUGUAACAUUUUUUAGCAGUAAAAUAUUAAAUAAUGUGAGAUAAAGUAUAUACUUAAUUGUAUUAGACUAUUAUUUCAAAUGAUGGAUGUUAGAAAUAAAUAUUUUGAAAUGGAGAAUUCUUAUAAUUACUUUUUGGACUGGAACUCUAUCACUGACGGUGAUACUUGUGAAAAAACUUUUUUGGUUAACACCAAAAAUAUUUUGUUAUGUUCUCUGGAUUUUUCUAUAUUAUUAGGGGAAUGCAGAUUCUUACUUUUUAAGUGUACUUCUUUUAAAAUUCAUGUUUUUUAAAGCAAACAUUCUUUUAUUUGUUUGAUUAUUUUGGUUUAUAUUAUGAAUGUGUUUUAUUGUCCAAAUUUUUAUGCCCCCAGAUCAAAAGAUCCUGGGGGUAUAUUAUUUUUGCCCUGUCUGUCUGUUUAUCUGUUUGUCUCUUUGUCUGUCUGUUGUCAACUUUAACCUAGCCCAUAAAUAUUGAGUGGAUGAGGCUAUGGCUUUCAUUUUUAUCAGGUGUAUUCUUUGUGACAAGACCUUUUUUGGGGGGUACCACCAAAUUUGACCUCUUGAUCUUGACCUUGGCAUUUGACCUACUUUUACAAAAAAAAAGUACCACACUUUAACCUUGGCCAUAACUUUUGAACAGUUUCAUAUGUGUAUUUAUAAUAACAAGACCUAUCAGCUGGUAUAAAUAUUUUUGACCUUGUCCUAAGAGUUUGACCCACUUUUUAAAAACAUUAACCUUGGUCAUAACUUUUGAACAAUUAGAAUUAGGGCUUUCAUAUUUCACAGGUGUAUUUCUUGUAAUAGACCUUCCUUUGGGUACCAACAUUGCUGACCUUUUGACCUUGACCUUUGGAGUUUGACAUGCAUUUGAGGGAAUUCAACCCUCGCCAUAAGCGUCCAUACAGGAGCAUCAGUGUUUUACAAACUCAUCUUGUUUUUAUAGAUUAUUGUUACUGAUACAAUUGGGUGAGAUAUGACCUUCAAUAAAGGUGUUCCACAGAAGUUUAUAAAAGCCAAAUGCAUGA